CAAUUCGCAUAUGUCUGAACUUAAUCCAGGAAAUUGGCUUGCUGUCGGCACAAUUAUGUCAUCGAAGUCAGUGCAACUGAACAGAUAUCAAAUGCGGAAUCAAGGAGAUGAAACCGCCGUAUUGUCUUGCAGAAACAUCCACGACCUGUCCCAGCGAUGUUGAGCCUCAAUACAUCUCCGAAUGAUUCCGUUCUGGGCAUAAACCUGUCGAUGGCCAGUCUUCCCUACAAUUCACCACACUGGGACCGAGGUCAUCGGCUCGGUUCCAACUUUGAAUGUCCGUUGAUCCACCAGUGCGUGACACUGAACUCAGCCUACUGCGUGCGGCAUCGUGGGCUCUGCGAUGUGGGUCUGGUGCUGAGCACGAGAACGUAUUCCUGUGACAAGGUUCAGGAACCUUCGGUCAGAAACAUACCUCCACAAGCAUAUGCUUUGAUUCUUAGAACAUCCUGCUCGGCGAAUAUCUCCGCCUCCAUGCAGCAUCAUGCUCCAGUCGACUGUGUUCGUUUAUGUUCGAGCACCAGUAGAAACACUGCAGAAAUAAAGCAUCCAACAGAGUAUAAAGGAGGACUUCUGCUUCCCAGGAAGAACGUGCCGCAGAGGCCCUAGGCCCGGAAGCACUUUGAACGUCAGAUUUUCUCGCAGAUCGCGCGAGAACCGUCAUUCGGAACCUUGUUCCCCUACCCAGUCCCCUUGUUCUUCCAUUGGUAAGCAAGAUAUGAUAUUGUUUGUCGACGCCUAUGAGCUAUGGCCCCGUGGCAGUAUGCCCUGCCCUGGCACAUAUUCCU